AUGCUUCUUUUUUUGUUUGUAGGAGAGAAUGGGAGAAGAGAGGACAUCACUCUUCUCCCGAUUAUUCAUAAGUUAGCUUCUUUUUCUUUCUACUUCUUUUGUAAGAAACAGCCAAAUUUAUCUACUGGUAUUAACCAAAGUUUUUUCGUAUUCACAAACAGCUCUCUGUCAUUCACCUACGACUCUGUCUUUUUCAUUUCUUUUCUAUCCUUAACUAUUCUGUUCUUUGUUUUUCUCUUUCUUUUCAUUUCUCUUUCUCUCAAGAUCUUUUUUGUUUUUCUCUUCCUUUUCUUUUAUUUCUUUUUAUUUCUCUUUCUCUCAAGAUCUUUUUUCUUCUUUGUUUUUCUCUUUCUUUUCUUUUAUUUCUUUUUAUUUCUCUUUCUCUCAAGAUCUUUUUUUUUUUUUUUUUUUUUUUUUUCUUUUAUUUUUUUAUUUCUUUUCUCUCAAGAUCUUUUUUCUUCUUUGUUUUUCUCUUUCUUUUCUUUUAUUUUUUUUAUUUCUCUUUCUCUCAAGAUCUUUUUUCUUCUUUGUUUUUCUCUUCCUUUUCUUUUAUUUCUUUUUAUUUCUCUUUCUCUCAAGAUCUUUUUUCUUCUUUGUUUUUCUCUUUCUUUUCUUCUAUUUCUUUUUAUUUCUUUUCCUCUCUUCAUCCCAAGUUCUUUUUCUUUGUUUUUUUCUUUCUCUAUUUUGCUUCUAUUUCUUUACUUUUUCUUCUUGGGUUUUUCUCUUUCUUUUCUUUUCAUUUCUCUUCAGUCCAAGUUCUUUUUUCUCCUCAACAUUUUCAUAUUUCUCUACUUCUCCUCUUCCUCCUCCACCUUCACCAGGGUUUCCUUGUAA